GAGAAAAACCCCAAUAUGGGGCAAAAAGAGAAGUUAAAGACUGAGCUGCUCUGCAGAUCAGGGCAUUUCAAAGUGAACAGCCAAUUUGACAAGAAGCAAAAGCCUCAGAACAGAGUUCCAUAUAGUCUUUCUGGUUAUUUUGUUUUGCAAACUGUUCAGGCUCUUCUUACUGUCCUCUCCCACCUACUCUCUCUUCCCUAUUUACUUUAUAGAUGUCAUUGAAGUAGGUAACCUGAUCCAACCCCGAAGGAUUUAGGGGAGGAAGGGAAACCUACUUGAGUAUCCCUGAUAGAAACAGGAAAUGAAGACAUCGCUUGCCAUGCUUGGUAUUGGGAAGUUGUCUUGGGUCCUCUUUCUAAUCCUACAUCUAGGCAUUUGGAGUAUCAGUGGGGAAGAGUCAUGUGACAUACAACUUUACAUUAAGAGAUAUUCUGUAUGUGCUGUGUCAGCAGGGGGUCCAUUUGAACUGGAAUCUGUGAAAUACUGUGCUAACAGACUUGCUGGGGCCUGGUGCAAGCUCGAAGGAAACAGCUGUUUACAUCUUGGGGACAGACUUCAGGGAUACAUGGGUUGAGAAGAAAGGAAGACUAUUUCUAUUUUUAUUUUGCAUUUUAAUCAGGUGCUUGCUAGUGAAAAUGGGUCAUACCGCUGUUCAGUGAACUCUUUGUCUGGAUUCAUUGAAAGCCACUCAGUUACCAUUAAUGUGACAAGUGAGUUUCAGGUACCAAGACUACCUAAUGUUUUUCAUAUCAUAUUUCAAGAAAAGGGCUCAGAUUAUCAAGUGAUUAUGUUAGACAUUGAACUCAGAGUGCAGAAGAGGGAAUCAAAGCAGACAGAGGAAGAAUGGACUCAAAAUAAUUCAGAACACCUUACAAACACAAGGAAUGCCUCAGGACCACCUUCCCAGGAAGAGAUGGCAGACAGACAACGGGUCCUUUAUAGUUUGCUUCCUUUGAGAAGUUUGCCUCUACUCAUUACCUGUUUCUUCCCAUUCUGCUGCCUUCGAAGCACCGAGAAUUCACUGGAUGUCACUAGUGAACACUUAAACACGGGGAACAAGAAAAGCCUUCUGACACAACAGGAAGGGAAAUUAACCUGGUAUGUUGAGGUUCCCCAGCCCUUUAGGAGUGAGGAAACUGAAGUUGGCACCAGGCAAAAUUCCCAAACACUGCUAUCAGAAACUGAAAUUUAUGAUAAUAACCCCGGGAUCAGGGUCCAGAACAGGCAAAAUUCCCAAACACUGCUAUCAGAAACUGAAAUUUAUGAUAAUAACCCCGGGAUCAGGGUCCAGAAAGAGUCUGGGGUUUAUUUUAACGCUUGUCUGAAAGAAAACAAAGAGGACAUGAUUAUGGGAAUGAACCCAAGACAGGCAGGAAGUCUACACGAAACACCUACAGAAAAUGCAGCCAUAUGCAUAAGGAGAUAAGUCUGGCCCUGAUCUCCCACUGUGAUUAUUAAAUGAUCUGCCAGUCAACAGCAUUAUCUGAAACAAACAGGAGGUCAAAUACUAUUUCCUGACCUGAGAAGUUUCAUUUUAAGGAGGUUCAUGUUGAUGCUUGAGUCUUACGGGACCAUUGGCCAAAUGACUAAAAUUUCUCCCAGAAACUUCUUUGGGAGCUUUUUAUACUACAGCCUUGGACAACAAAAAUCCUCUGUCCUAAACUGAAUGAUAUGAAUAGCAGGGCAGCAGAAUAUUUAAAAUCAGCCACAUUUUAUCUGGUAUACAAACUCAGUAUUUUCUUUGGGGCUAUCAGAGAGACAUGUAGGGGAGAGAGGUUUGUAUUGUCUGGAUCAGUUUACUAUACAUUCUUGAAAAAGAACGUCCCAGUUUGACUAACUAUCUGCACAUUCAGGAAUGAUAGUGUUUAUUCCCAGUCAAUCUCCCAUAAUCAGAAAUUUUCCUUCAUCAAUCUAAUAUUGGAGUUUUUUAAAUGUAAAGGAGAAAUCAUUUUAGACUUGAUGAUAUAAGAAAAGAAUGGAAAGAAUGAACAUACAAAAAAGAUAUGGAAUAUAUCUAUAGAGUAGAUGUUCCCCACGCCUGACAAAUGAAUGCUUGUAUCUACCCUGUUAGAUUGCUAAGCAAACAGAAAUAGUAGUAGAGCAAUUAAUACAUGGUGCAUUUUUAAACACAGUGGUGACUCAGUGUUGGGGUAACAUAGACUAAUAUGUAUGAAUGUGACAUAAUGCUGCUGAAUUAACAUAUUUGUGGAUGUCUAACAAGUGUAAAAAAUCAGUGAUAACAGGUAUAGGCAAGCAAGUGCAGAGUAAUGGUUUAAGCGGCCGCAUUAUUGACCUGAUAGCAAAAUAAAAGUGCAAUUAAUGGAACGGAGAUGAGUCAGGGUAUUUAGUUGAGUCAACACAUUUUCAUUCACCACAUCUGUAUCUUGCUGUUCCUCUUACUAAAGAAUAGGGACAAUCAUGCAAUAGUGAAGGAGUGCAGUUUGAUAACCAUUUAUUUUUAAAUGAUGAGGUUAUAGCUACUUAAGAGCAAGAAGAGAUAGUUUCAGAUUAUCUGCAUUUCCAGAGUGCCUGAGUCUAAUUACUUCAAAAAUAGCCCAUAGCAUUGUUCAACAGCUUGAGGAUAUUAGGAUUCUCAGGUUCUCCUACUAAACAGUGCAAUAGACCUCUUACAAAGUGAAUAGCAAAUGCUGGGAUCCACUUGAGCGAAUACGUCAGCUGCUGCACAAAUGAAUGUGGGGUAUGUGUGUGUGAGAGAGAGGGUGGGGGGUAUUGAGUUAGUAUACAGAAAGAAGGGUAGCGACUUACAGAAAUGGUAAAAAGAGAAACGGAAAAACCCUGACAUUCCAUUUCGGUUUGCUGAAGAAUCUCAAAAUUCUAGAGUAAAUGAGUCAUUAAAGAAAAUGUAUGAAAAUAAUGUAUUAAGUAAGUUAUGGGGCUGGGAGUAUGACACCCGAUAAAAGUUUUUGUCCUCAAAAGACAAAGCUGAGCUUUGGUGGCAGAGUUUUUCUUAUGUAACACUGGCAUGUAAGACUUUCGCCCCGUUGGAUUGGGGUUGCGGGGGGAGCUGUUUUGGAGUCACUGUCAUCUAGCCAGUAUGGUAUCAUUACACCUCGAAUUUUGAGCAAUCAAUUCUAGGAAGACUUUUUCAGCCAAGAUGCAUUUUGGGCAACUAACAUACAAAAGAUGUAUUAAAAUAGCUGCUGUGGUAUUCUUAAAAAUAGAAACGGGGGAGGACACAUUUAGCUGUUCUUAACAGAACACACAAAGCUAAACAAUACCGUCAUGAUUCUUUUGAAUUUGAACAACACAACAUUUCUGUCUAUUGUUGAGAAUAUUCAUAGCAUGUCCUACUGUAAAGGUAAUGUUGAUAAUGAUUUCACCUCUGUAAAUAAUUUAUAUUUGUACCAUGCUGCCAAAACCAUAAAUUAUGUUUUCAUUCCUUCUUAAUAAAAGGCAUCAGAGUUCUAUAUGUACAUCCCAAACCUAUUUUAGUGUUAUCUACAUGACUUAUUUCAUUAAUAAAAUAUAAGAAAAAAAUAUGUAGAUAAUUUAAUGAUUUUCCAUGAUUCUGAAGCCUGUUGUCAUCUACUCCCUUGCUAUUCAAAAGAUAGUCCCCAAAUUAGUAGGAUAGACAUCCCCUGGGAGUCAUCAGAAACAUAGAACCUCAGGCUUAAGAAUCUGUAUUUGCACAAUUUCACUCAGGUGAUUCGUGAAGCUUGCGAUCCACUUAGCCGUUAUGAACUCACAUCUCCCCACCAGGAGUCAGGUGUGGCAGGAAGCCAGUUCACAUUAAUGACAGACUCAUUUGGAAGGUUCUACAUUUAUCAGUUAUCAGUUCUGGCUCAUUAGCAGAAGGAAGGGAUUAGGACUAGGUAAGGUUCUGAAACUACAUUGGAGAAGAUCGUAUACAUGCUGAUGUCGAUGACAAAUCAUAAAAUGGCCAUUUAAGGUAAGUAUGUGUAAUAGGAGGGUCCCAAAGUGGGCAGGUUAAAAUCAGGAGGUCAGUAAUCCAAAUAACAGUGACCAGAGAUGAGGCAUGAGUAUAGGACACAAAGGGCAUGCAGGUAGAAUAAUUAUGAUAAGUGACUUUUAUUAGCAUUUUAAUUAUAUAUCCCUGGAGAGAUACAUUAUAAGAACAAAUCUGUAUUUGGUAUUUUUCAUAAAUAUAUUAAUAUUGUUAUUUUAAAAAUAAUAUGUAUAUGGUAUAAGAUAAACAUGUAACUAUGUUAAUAUACUUAGAAAUAAAGCUUUCCCGCACAGCAAAAUUUAACACAGGUACAAAAUUAAAGAUGUUAAGAAUUCUGAAAUUCAAGCUGCAAAUUGAAAGUAUUGCUUUUUCUAUUAAAAACUAUUUCUAAAUCUGACCACUGACGCAAAACAAAUUAAAAGAAUCAAAAUUAUCAGAAUUCAUAGACUAACUAUAAGCCUGAUAACACCUAGAAAUCAACUGGAAAUGUGUUUUUAAAAGUAAAGGCGAAGUGUUAUAAAAUAUGUAAAAAAAACUUUAUGUAUACAUUGCAGGAAUCAUGGAGAUUAAAUACUAGUUUCUGAAAUUCUAAAAGGAUCAAGUAGAUUACACAAGUGAGUGGAACAUACCAGAUGGAUAACUGUAACAAACUGAUUAACACUCACUUUGUCUCAAUUAGACGUCUGAUAGCUCUAGGAGAUUACUGACAUUGCUUUCCACCAUUUUGCAUAGGGACAAUUCCUAUUCAUUUAAUAAUUUAAUUCUCACUUUCUU